CUCGUGAUCAGUAACGCUCCUCUCCUUCCUCCAAAAUUGGAACCUCUUCGCUAUCCUCUCACAAUCCACAACAUCCACAAUUCGAAAUACCCUCAUUCAUCAUGAUCAGCCCCACCACCACCAUCCUGGACCUGAACAAUGAGGCAGUGUCGUACCUGUGCCAAGGCAACCACGACGCCACCACAACCAAGCUGCGCGCCGCCAUCAAGAGUCUGGAACGAUGCUUCCAGCAAGAAAAGACUGUCCCCUCUCGACCCGUCACCUCCGAGGAGCCACCCAAGAAGAAACGACGACGCAUGGCAAUGCCCAAAAAGGGCGACUACGUGCCCAUUCGCAGCAUUACUGUCACUGCCUCUGACCUCCCCUCUGCUGCCAGUAGCCUCAACGACGAGACUUCCUUGUUGAUGGUGUACGACCGCGCCUUUGACUUCCCCGCUCUUGACAGUGACGACUGCAUGGACUUUACCUCUCAACAAAGCAAGACACGAGUCGCUUCCAUCCUCCUGUACAACCUCGGCUUGUCUUACCACCGCGAAGGCGUCCGCAACGGCAAAUCGGCCGAUCUCACCAUGGCCUUGAAAUUCUACCGCGAGGCAUACAUGGUCCUCAAGAGCGCGUGGGCCAAGUCCGACUUUAAAGAAGUCUUUGUUCUCCUAUUGGCUCUUUUGAAUAACAUGGCCUGCAUCCAUGCCUACAUGAGCGAUGGCAAGGAGACACACCAGUGCAUUAACUGGAUGAACCGGGCGAUUGCCUCCAAGCAACGAGCCAUCUUGAGCAAGGAAGACUACACAUUCUUCUCGCUCAAUCUGUCCGUCUUCCGUGGACAUCAACUCAGAUUGGCCAGCGCUGCCUAGAUCGCUUCCUGCUUCCCACUACAUCAUCAUUCUAACAUAUUACGACUAGAGACUGUACUUUUACCUU